AUGCCGGUGCUAACCAGCAGCCUGGCCGGGGUAGCCAUCGAGCCGUUCGGCGGAACGAGCACCGUGGUGUCCCUUCUGCAGGAGACCCUUCACGUGCUCCAGUGCCAGUCUCCUUCCCCCAGCAGAGACUUCCACUGCUUCACCAUCACCAGCGCAGAGCUUGAAAGCAUCUUUCCUGAGCAGGGGCAAGCAGCUUUUCGGGUGUCCCAGGGGAGGUCUCAGGAGGGCGUGCUGGGCAGGCAGCCGGUGAGGAACGUCUUUGGCAACAAUACGCUGGAGUACACAGUUAAUUUAUGUCAGGGGCAUUACAAUUUCCUCAUCCGAAUGCCCGAGAAUGUAAUUAUACACAUACUGUCGUUUCUAGAUGCUGAUGACCUUCAACAGCUGUCAAAAACCUGCGAGAAGUUCCAGCAGUUACACAGCAGUGAAGAGGUUUGGGAGAGAGUUAAACUGUUAAGAGAUAAACCAGCUCUCGUUUUCCGUAACACAAUAGCUCAUGACAGGCUGGAGCCCAAUUCCAGUUUGACAGACACCGUGAUUUCCAUAUUGCUAAACGUUGAUGACUCAGGACUCAAUAAGAAACAGGGCAACAAAAAUUCAGUGAAGCUAUCAAGUCGGUGA